UAUCAUUCAAUAUAUUCAUCACUUAUUUACAUUGAUUACUUUAACAUACAAACUGCAUUGUUCCUAUUGUGUCAAUACUUUCAAUCCUUCAAUUCAUUCUCUACCUUCUCCAUAUAUACAUUUUGUGUCACUAUAUAUAUUCCCUUACCACCUUUUCAUUUUUUUCUUAAUAUUACCAUCUCAAAAUUGUUGUUAAUUAUACUUUUGUUCUUGAAAACCAUGUCAAUGACCUUCUUGACAAACAUGAACAACAUUGAGACACUUCUCAAUGCACCAAACAAAAAUAGCACAUACAACAAAAGAUGGCACAAUGCUUUCAUGAAAUCCAACAAACCAAAAAUUGCACCUACCCCAUCUUUCACUUUGGUUGAUUUGAAUUUAUCACCUCAUCACUCUUAUACCAUUGAUCAAGAAACUCUCAUAGAUAUUGUCAAAGAAAAAAACAUUGAAACCCUUCAAAACCAUGGUGGAGUUGAAGUAGUUGCUUCAAAUCUUAAAACCAACAUUGAGUUUGGUAUCAAAAGUGAUGAUUUUGAAGACAUUGCAAGUAGAAAACAAGUGUUUGGUUCCAACACUUACAAAAAACCACCUUCUAAAAGUUUCUUUCAUUUCAUUGCUGAAGCUUUUAAGGAUGUAACAAUUCUAAUACUUUUGGUUUGUGCUACUCUUUCACUUGCCUUUGGAAUCAAGCAACAUGGAAUCAAAGAAGGUUGGUAUGAUGGUGGUAGCAUUUUUCUAGCUGUUUUCAUUGUUAUUUCAAUGUCAUCAAUAAGCAAUUUCAAACAAAACAAACAAUUUGACAAAUUGUCUCAAGUGAGCAAUGACAUUCAAAUUGAUUUGGUUCGUAGUGGGCGCCGACAAAAGGUGUCCAUCUUUGAUAUUGUUGUUGGUGAUGUUGUUUGUUUGAAGAUCGGUGAUCAGGUACCGGCUGAUGGAUUGUUUAUAGAUGGACAUUCAUUGAGAGUCGAUGAAUCAAGCAUGACCGGUGAGAGUGAUCAUGUAGAGAUUAAUAAAGACCAUCAUCCAUUUUUAUUUUCCGGAACAAAAGUUGCUGAUGGUUAUGCGAAAAUGCUUGUUACAUCGGUCGGUAUGAACACAACUUGGGGACAAAUGAUGAGUUCGAUAAGCAAUGAUAUCGACGAAGAAACACCUUUGCAAACAAGGUUGAAUAAGUUGACAUCAUCGAUUGGAAAGGUUGGUUUGGUUGUGGCGUUUUUAGUCCUUAUUGUUUUGUUGAUUCGAUAUUUCACCGGGAAUACAAAGACCGAUAACGGUGUUAAAAAGUUUAACGGACGGAAGACUAGUUUUGAUGAUGUGAUGAAUGCAAUUAUUGGAAUUAUUGCUGAUGCUGUUACUAUUGUUGUUGUUGCUAUCCCUGAGGGUUUGCCAUUAGCUGUGACAUUGACUCUUGCUUAUUCAAUGAAGAAAAUGAUGGCUGAUCAAGCUAUGGUUAGAAAACUUUCUGCUUGUGAAACAAUGGGAUCUGCUACUACUAUCUGCACUGAUAAAACAGGUACACUAACUUUGAAUCAGAUGAAGGUGACAAAGUUUUGGCUUGGUCUAGAGCCUUUGGAAGAUAAUGCAUAUUCAAAUGUUGAUCCAUUUGUUCUUCAAUUGAUCAAAGAAGGAGUAGCUCAUAAUACAACCGGUGGUGUUCACAAAUCUAAAUCAGGUUCUGAUUCAAAAUUCGAGUUUUCUGGUAGUCCAACUGAAAAGGCAAUAUUAUCUUGGGCUGUUUUGGAAUUGAAUAUGGUUAUGGAAAAUUUGUCAAAAAGUUGCUCUAUUAUUCAAGUGGAGACAUUCAACUCGAAGAAGAAAAGAAGUGGCGUUUUAUUGAGAAGAAAUGUCGACAACAAAGUUAGUGCACAUUGGAAAGGAGCUGCAGAGAUGGUAUUAAGAAUGUGUUCUAGAUACUAUGAUAGUUAUGGAAAUGUGAAAGAUCUUGACAAUGAAACCAUGUCGAAAUUUGAAAACAUUAUUCAAGGUAUGGCAGCUAGUAGUCUUCGUUGUAUCGCUUUAGCAUACACAGAAGUCGCGAACGAAGAGCUAGGAGGUGAAGGAGGCAACAAGAUGGUGGUAAAAGAUGAUGGUUUAACAUUGUUAGGUCUUGUUGGCAUUAAGGAUCCGUGUCGCCCAGGGGUGAAAACGGCGGUGGAAGCCUGCCAACAUGCCGGUGUGAAUGUCAAAAUGAUUACAGGUGACAAUGUUUUCACUGCAAAAGCAAUAGCAUUCGAAUGUGGAAUUCUUCGACCUAAUCAAGACACAGAUGAAACUGUGGUCGAAGGUGAACAAUUUCGUAAUUUUUCGCCUGAAGAGAGGUUAGCGAAAGUUGACAAAAUCUCUGUAAUGGCAAGAUCUUCACCUUUUGACAAACUUCUAAUGGUGCAAUGCUUAAAGCAAAAAGGACAUGUAGUUGCCGUUACCGGAGAUGGAACAAACGAUGCACCUGCAUUGAAAGAAGCUGAUAUUGGACUUUCAAUGGGAAUUCAAGGUACUGAAGUUGCAAAAGAGAGUUCAGAUAUUGUUAUAUUAGAUGACAAUUUUGCAUCUAUAGUAACAGUUUUAAAUUGGGGAAGAUGUGUUUACAACAACAUUCAAAAAUUCAUUCAAUUUCAACUAACAGUGAAUGUAGCUGCACUUGUUAUCAAUUUUGUCGCGGCGGUUUCAGCAGGUGAAGUACCUUUAACAGCAGUUCAAUUAUUAUGGGUGAAUUUGAUUAUGGAUACAUUAGGUGCAUUGGCUCUUGCAACUGAAAAACCUACUAAGGAAUUAAUGGAUCAAAAACCUGUUGGUAGAACAAAACCUCUUAUUACUAACAUUAUGUGGAGGAAUCUUUUGUCACAAGCUUUCUACCAAAUAGUAAUUUUGUUGACACUUCAAUUCAAAGGUGAAACUAUUUUUGGUGUGACAUCAAAGGUAAAUGACACAUUGAUAUUCAAUACAUUUGUUCUUUGUCAAGUGUUUAAUGAGUUUAAUGCAAGGAAGUUGGAGAAGAAGAAUGUGUUUGAAGGGAUAUUUAAGAGUAAGUUGUUUUUGGGAAUUGUUGGUGUGACAUUGGUCCUUCAAGUUGUGAUGGUUGAGUUUUUGAAGAAGUUUGCUGAUACAGAGAGGUUGAAUUGGAGAGAAUGGAUUAUUUGUAUUGGUUUUGGUGCUGUUUCUUGGCCAAUUGGUUUUGUUGUGAAGAUGAUUCCUGUCUCAGAUAAACCGUUACUUGAUUUUUUGAGUAUGAAGAAGACUUAGAAGAGAUUAUGAAGUCUAAGCCAUAUUAAUUGAUUUAGAGAUGCUACUGAACUAUGGUUGACUAGGAAUUUUUUUUUGGAUUGUUAUAAGCAGAUCAUUAUGUAAAUGUGGAUCAUUUUAUUUGUACUAUACAUACUCAUUUAAUUUUAUUUGUAUAUGUUCAAAUUAAUGUAAUUUUUUUGUUUUUUU